UAGAUCAGUGCUACAGUUAAGACUUCAGCAGAGGAGGAAACGAGAGCAGCUGGCAGACCAAGGCAUCAUGCCUCUGAACCAUGGCAAGUUCCCCAAGCAGGAGGACUCGUAUGCCUUUGAGGAGGACAGCAGCAGUGAGAGUUUGUCUCCUGAACAGCACCACAGCGAUGAGUCUCAGGGUUCAGCCUGCCCUUCUUCAUCUGAGGUGGUCGGCAGUGUGCCCUCCUCCUCUUCCUCACCUGCACUCUCCAGCACACAGCAGGAGGGGAUAACCAGGGACCCGUGUGACCAAAGCCAGGAUGAAGGACUGUCUAGAGUUAGCAAUUACCAUGCUACCCCCCCAAUACCAGUACCUGCUAUUGUCAAGUCCAAGACAUCGGACAAGAACCGCCAUAAGAAGCCCAAAGACGUGAAGCCCAAAGUGAAAAAACUCAAAUACCACCAGUACAUACCGCCAGACCAGAAGGCUGAUAAGUCGCCUCCACCUAUGGACUCGGCAUACGCCAGACUCCUCCAGCAGCAGCAACUCUUCCUUCAGCUGCAGAUCCUCAGCCAACAGAAACACGCUCACACUCAUUCGCAGUCUGAGCAGCACACACACACUGCACAUAUGCAUGGCCAGGCUCAGCAGCGACAGCCUGCCUUCAGUUACCAGCCACACCAACAGGCACAGAUGCAGAAAGGGUCCAGUGAGCAACUGUCAGUUUGUACCCCCAGCGGUCCGUCCAACACAGGAGAAAGCAACACUUCCUCACCAAUCAAGACCACGUAUCCUAACCAAAACAGCAUCUCCCCAGUAAAACCUGGGCCCCUGCCAGCCAAUCUCGAUGACCUUAAAGUAUCAGAGCUCCGGCAGCAUCUUCGUAUCCGUGGAUUGCCUGUGUCAGGUACCAAGACGGCCCUCAUUGAGCGACUACGGCCCUUUAAGGACUCCAAUUCCGGCCUAUCCCCAUCAGGCUCCUCUGAUAUCACCACAGUGACCUUCCCCGUUACUCCGACAGGCUCGCUGUCUUCUUACCAGUCUCCAUCCUCUUCCAGCACUCUGUCCCAGAGAGGCUAUUACCCUUAUCCCAGCACCUCUUCGACCCCACCAAUCUCACCAGCAUCCUCUGAAAAUUCCCUCAAUGGCUCACUCCCAGACAGCUUCAGCGAUGUGCCUAUGUCCUCUCCGCCACAGUUCGCCCUGCAGGCAUCUCCUGGCCGGCUCGGCCUGGAUGAUGGCCUGGGAGGGGGUGGAUCACGAGCAGGGGAGGGUGGAAGAAUGGAAGGCAUGGAUGCAGAAAAAGACAAAAUGCUGGUUGAAAAACAAAAGGUGAUUGAAGAGCUGACAUGGAAGCUACACCAGGAACAAAGACAGGUUGAGGAGCUAAAGAUGCAGCUUCACAAGAGAAAGCGCUGCUAUGGAGCAGCACAAGGCACCAUCACUCCAGCUCAGUCCCACAAUUUGUCCAUGCACAAUCAGACACCAGCCUUGAUGGGUCACCACCCCUACGAGAUGAACAUCAAACAAGAGCCGAUGUCAUUGUCUUCAAGCUGCCCACUCUCCUCUCCCAAACAUAUCAAGAGCUCCCCAGGGAACUGCAUGGAGGACAUGGGACACUGCAACGCCAUGCUCCCCAAUAUGGGGGGCGAUUGUGGGCCACAAUGUAUGAACUCAGCCCCUUCCUCAGGCAGCCCAUCCACCAUAACUGCUUUCCUCAGUCCGCAGUGCUCACCACAGGACUCACCCAUCGGAAAGCCUUCCGGAAGCCCCCAGCCGUUGUCUCCUAGCAACCCUUACAUGAUAUCACCUCCUGUGGGGAGGGACGGCUGCGCUCACCCCACGUCCCACUGCAGUACCAGAGGAUGCAUUAUGCAGGUACCGCAUAAGAGCGGUUCUCAGCUCGUCAACUGUUCUUAUCCGACAGACCAAAGAGGCCUUCAGGGAGUUUAUUCCAAUACAUCCGAUUAUUCCUUCAAUUACAAUGGCUCAGCCAAGCCUGGCAACCCAAAUAUGCAACCAAAGCAAUUGAUCAGAAGUCAGCAGAUGGAUGAACUUUUGGAUGUCCUCAUAGAAAGUGGAGAGAUGCCAGCUAACGCCAGAGAAGAGAGGGAGAGGUCCUCUGUAACCAAAGUCUUGCCUCACAUUACUGUGUUCCCAGGGUACCCCAGCCUACUCGUCCCAAGGCUCCACCGCCACUACGAACACCAGUCGCCCACACAGCUUCAUUACGACCACCUGGAGACUCUGCUGGGCCCAAUGAGCAGGGGAGGGGAGGCAACCUCUCUUAAGAUGGCCACAGAUGACGGGCACCAAGAAGACGACGGAAAUCGAGAUAGCGAAGGAUACAGCAGCCCCCACAACCACCAGCGCAACCCUCACCAUCCCCAACAGGACAAAGUUGGGACCAACAGAGAUCUGCCGGACACACCUCUUUCACCCCUCAACAAGGUGUCUCCUUUCCCAGAAGUGCAGGGGAUGGUCAGUAUGGCUUUCAGUGAAACCCCAUGGGAGACGAUGGAGUGGUUGGACCUGACGCCACCAACCUCAACCGCCGCCUUCAAUGUCCCAACAUCCAUUGUGCCCAGCAUUUUUAACGCAGAGUUCUUGGAUGUCAGUGACAUUAACUUAAACUCUGCUAUGGACCUUCAUCUGGAGCACUGGUGAACACAGACAGAUCGACAAGCCAAAGCUAACACACCAGCUUGUAAUUUAACUGUACACAUCACAUGAAUCAACUACAGCGUUAGCUAAGAAAAUAAUGGAACUCAAAAGAGCCAAAGCCCUACAAUCCUGAGUCAGACCAAUCCUGAUUCAACACCAAAAUAGACAACUUCGUCAAUAUACCUUAUGUUUACGCAUGGGGUUAAGAUCCAU